CAAGCUCCACCUCGUCCUCAAGCACAAGCAGCACAUCCACGUCAAGCUCUUCGAGCAGCACGUCCACCACAUCUACUAGUUCGACGUCAACAUCCACCAGCAGCAGCAGCACAUCGUCAACAACCACCUCCAGCACCAGCACCAGCACAUCCUCUUCAACAACGAGCUCCACUUCUUCCACAAGCUCCAGUAGCACAUCAACAUCGAGCACUUCAAGCAGUACCUCCUCCACAAGCACAUCCAGCACCUCAAGUACUUCGACUAGCAGCAGCAGCUCGAGCACUUCAUCCUCCAGUACAAGUAGCACAUCAACAUCCAGCUCGUCCAGCAGCACCUCUUCAACGAGCACUUCUUCAUCCAGCACAUCUUCAACCAGCAGCACAAGCACUAGCACAACAUCGUCAAGCAGCACCUCGACGUCAACAUCCUCAAGCUCAACCUCAUCAACGAGCACAUCGAGCACUAGUACAAGCACAUCAUCAACAUCCAGUUCAUCAAGCAGCACUUCUUCAACAAGCACCUCCAGUACGAGCAGCAGUUCUACCUCCACAACAUCCAGCAGCACUUCGUCUUCAAGUACAACAAGCUCGUCAACAAGCACGAGCAGCAGCAGCACGAGCAGUACGUCAACAAGUAGCACGUCGAUCACGACCACGUCCACAACCACAAGCAGCAGUAGCUCCACCAGCACCUCUUCAUCAAGCAGCACGUCCACCACCACAUCCUCAAGCACGACGUCCAGCAGUAGCAGCAGCACAUCAUCAACUUCAAGCUCAUCAACAAGCACCUCUAGCACCAGCACAAGCACGUCAUCAACAUCCAGUUCAUCUAGCAGCACUUCUUCGACAACCAUCACUUCCACCUCCACAACAUCCAGCAGCACAUCGUCCUCAAGUACAACAAGCUCCUCAACCAGCACGACUAGCAGCAGCAGCACGAGCACUUCUUCGUCAAGCACUAGUAGCACGUCAACAUCCAGCUCGUCAAGCAGCACCUCCUCAACAAGCACCACAAGUAGUAGCAGCAGCACGAGCAGCACAUCAACAAGUAGCUCGUCGGUCACAACGACAUCCACGACCACCAGCAGCAGUAGCAGCACUAGCACCUCAUCAUCAAGCAGCACGUCCACCACCACAUCUACCAGCUCAACUUCGAGCACCAGUAGCAGCACCUCUUCAACUAGCACCUCCUCAACUACCACGUCUUCAACCAGCACGUCGUCAACCAGCAGCUCUUCAACAAGUACCUCAUCAACAAGUACAUCUUCAUCGAGCACCUCUUCAACAACAACCUCUUCGACAAGUACCAGCUCAACGUCGACCACAUCGUCAAGUACCAGCAGCACUUCCUCCUCCACGACCACAACAAGCACGAGCAGCACUAGUAGCUCGACCUCGAGCAGCUCCUCAACGUCAACAUCAUCCAGCUCGAGCUCUACAUCCAGCUCAAGCUCUACUACCGCAACCUCAACAUCAACUGCCAGUACGACAACUGUGACAUCUACCACUACUUCUUCCAGUUCAAGUACCACAUCGUCAUCGACAACAACAACCAGCAGCACAAGCACUAGCACAACAUCGUCAAGCAGCACCUCGACAUCAACAUCCUCCAGCUCAACCUCAUCAACGAGCACAUCGAGCAGUAGUACAAGCACAUCAUCAACAUCCAGUUCAUCAAGCAGCACUUCUUCAACAAGCACCUCCAGUACGAGCAGCAGUUCUACCUCCACAACAUCCAGCAGCACUUCGUCUUCAAGUACAACAAGCUCGUCAACAAGCACAAGCAGCAGCAGCAGCACGAGCACUUCUUCGUCUAGCACAAGUAGCACAUCCACAUCCAGCUCGUCAAGCACCACUUCGUCCACUAGCACUUCGUCAAGCAGCUCCACAACCAGUAGUAGUUCCACAAGUAGCACGUCGACAACUAGCAGCUCAUCAACCACAUCAUCCUCCAGCACAAGCAGCAGCAGUUCAUCCUCCUCCUCGACGACAUCCAGCAGCAGCACUAGCACAUCAUCCACGAGUUCCAGCACAACAACAUCUUCAAGCAGCAGCAGUUCCAGUUCGUCAACGACGUCGACCUCCAGCAGCACAUCUACAAGCAGCACUUCAAGCAGUAGCACAUCCAGCUCCUCCACGUCAUCCACCUCCAGUACAACGUCAUCCAGCAGCACGAGCUCCACCAGCACGAGCAGCAGUAGCAGCACCAGCAGCUCUUCAACGUCCACAUCAUCCAGCAGCAGCUCAAGUAGCAGCAGCAGCAGCAGCUCGUCGUCCACAAGCAGCAGCUCAACAUCCACAACAUCCAGCAGCUCAACAUCCAGCAGCACCAGCACCAGCUCCUCAAGUUCCAGUAGCAGCAGCACAACAACAACUUCAACGAGCACAUCGUCCUCUACAAGCACAUCCUCCAGCACCAGCAGCACUUCCAGCUCUUCGAGCACUUCGUCCACGACAUCCACAUCAAGUAGCACCUCAAGCAGCAGCUCAACGAGCACGUCCAGCACAACAUCCACCUCAACAUCUUCAUCCAGCACAACGUCGAGCAGUUCAAGUUCAACAUCGUCGACGUCCACAAGUACAUCAAGUACGACAUCAUCGUCUAGCUCAACAAGCACAACUUCAACAUCAUCAAGCAGCAGCACGUCAUCAUCAACAACCUCAAGCUCAUCAAGCACAAGCAGCACAUCUACAACAUCAACAUCAUCAACAAGCUCGACUUCGAGCACCUCCAGCAGCACAAGCAGCAGUACAUCCAGCACUUCCUCAACUUCUUCGUCCACAAGCUCCACAAGCACUUCCAGCACCUCCUCCAGCACGAGUUCAAGCACAACAUCCUCCACAACUUCAACUUCGACCUCCACCACCACAACAUCCUCAACCACCUCGUCCACAUCAACUUCCACCACAUCAUCCAGCACCUCGAGUUCAAGCUCGUCAACAUCUUCAAGCAGUUCAACUACUUCCACCUCAACGAGUAGCACUUCCACUUCUAGUAGUUCGUCCAGCACCACAACGACGUCAUCGUCUAGCACAUCGUCAACUUCUACAUCGUCAAGCUCAACAUCAACAACGAGCACCUCAUCUACUUCCACCUCAUCCACCUCAACUUCUUCAUCUAGCACCUCAUCGACCUCAACAUCAUCGACCAGCUCGUCAACUUCAUCUUCCAGCACCACAUCCACCUCGACAUCUUCUACUUCCAGCUCAUCUACAAGCACUUCAUCCAGCAGCAGCUCGACAACGAGCACCUCAACAUCCAGCAGCUCGUCCACAUCUUCCUCCAGCAGCUCUAGCACAUCCUCAAGCACGUCCAGCACAACGUCCAGCUCCACUUCCAGCUCUAGUAGCUCAAGCUCCUCAAGCUCGACCAGUAGCACCACCAGCACCAGCACUUCGAGCACCACGAAUAGCACCACCACAUCGUCAACCACCACCACGACCUUCACGAGUACCUCCACCACCUUCAGCAGCACCUCCACCAGCAGCAGCUCCUCAAGCUCCACCAGCUCAAGUAGCACGUCGCUGACCACAAGUAGCACCACCGCGACCAGCAGCUCGACCACCUCCAGUUCCUCAUCCUCCACGACUAGCUCAAGCAGCUCAAGCUCAUCGAGCAGCAGCAGCACCUCCUCCUCGUCAACCACCUCCUCUAGCACCUCCUCCUCAUCCACCAGCACUUCCUCCUCCACCACCACCACGGUGGAUCUCAUGAUCCGCACACGCGGUGUGAUGGACUUCAACUUGGAUAGUGGCGAUGUCGCGGAGGUGGAGACGGCCGUGGAGAGCACCCUGGCGAACUGGUUUGGAGCCUUCAGCCACUUCGUUCGUUCAGAGGCCGCCUCCUCGCUGAGCUCGGCUCGACGCCUGGAAGACCGGCGCUUGCAGGCCCGAGCAUGGGCGGUGAGCUUUGACGUCUUCGUCUAUGAGCAGCAGCUGGACAACGUCACGGCCACGGUGACGGAUCUGCGCACCGCGGCCGCGGAGGCGCGCUUCGCCGAGUGGCUCCAGCGGGAGCUCAAUGGCCUUGGCAUUGGUGCUGGCUUCUCCCUCUUCCGGUUCCGCGAGCUGGUCGACCCCUAUGAGGUGUCGAUCUCACUCAUCUCCAGCACCACGACCUUCACCACCUCAUCCACCACCACGGUCACCACGUCCAGCUCCACCACUUCGAGCAGCUCCACCAGCAGCUCCACCAGCACCACGCUCUUUCCGCUGCUGUUGGAGUCCGCGGAGUUGACGCAGGGAUACUCCACGCUCCUGCUCACCUUCAACGAGCGGGCGAUGCUCACGAGCUACGCGCGGCGGCUGCAGGCGGGAGAGCAGGUGCUCCCGCCGGCGGAGGUGAACUGUGGCGAGGUCUUCACGGCGGCCACGCUGGCCUUGCUGGGCCUGGAACCGACCUGCCGCUGGGUGGCCGAUGGGCGGAAUCUGGAAGUGAAGCUGGGCACCAGCCCCACCUUGACCUUCAGUGACACGGUGGAGACCAUCGACGGAGCGCUCACCACGAACGCCUUCGUGGUGGUGCGCCCGGUGGCGCCGACCCCCUCGCUCCGCGCGGCCGUCUUCAGCAACGACCCACCAGCGCAGCCCCAAGCGGCCCUGUUGGUGUCGCCCUUGUCGGUGCAGGCGUGUUCGGAGAUCUCGGCCUCGGCGGCGACGUCCGCGGGCGCCGCUGCGCGGCCCUUCGUGAGCCGCUGGGCGCUGGGCGCCGGCACCACGGCGGAGCUGGCCACCGAGCUGCAGGCCAAGGUGAACUCUGGCAGUGAGCUUUCGCUGCCGAUCUCACAGCUGGAGCUCUUCACAGCGGUGGAGGCUGUGAAGCAACGGAUGGGGAACAACUUCUACACCACGCCCAUCCAGCUCGAGCUGGAAGUGUCUCUGACCAACUGGUUGGGUUUGUCGGACCAGGCCACCGCUGUGGUGGCACUGGAGACUGUGGAGGAGCCGAUGCCCUUGGUCACGCCCACCAGUGCUGUGGCCACCAGCAUCCUCAACAGUGAGCCUGUGGCCUUCUCGGUGCAAACCUCCUACGUGGACACUUCCAGCUGCUCCGGCAGCAGCUCCUCGGUUCGCCCCAUCGACGUGGCCUGGGAGUAUCGAGCCACGGGCGGCACCUGGCAGGAUCUCGCCGCGGCGGGGUUGACCGACCUGGAUCGGCGUCCCGGGGCUGUACGCUUCGAUGGCUUCGUGUUCGCCCCGGGCUCCGCGCACGAGUUCCGGGUCACGGCGCAGUACCAGGGCGCGAGCAGCGCUGCUCAGCGGCAAUACGUCUUCAGCCUGACGGUGUUGCCGCCGGCGGCGCCCGUGGUGCGAGUCGUGGGACCGCACACGGUGGCAGGCGCUUGUAGCUUCAGCCUCGAUGCGUCUCAGUCCUACGAUCCCUCCCUGCCGCCCCCGAGCACGUCGGGCUUGGUCUUCGAGUGGUCCUGUGUCACCGCGAGUGGUGCCAGCUGCGGCCUGAAUUCUCCAGACUUGGCCAGUGCACAGCUGCUGGUGGCAGGAGGCCAGCUGAUCGAGGGCCUCUACAACUUCAGCGUCUUGGCCCGCCGCAGCGGUGAGACCGAGGGUGCAGUCUCUGUAUGGCCCAUCGAGAUCGCCAAUGGAGCAUUGCCACCGGUGAGCAUCACUGUGCCCUGGGCCAGUGACGAGGCAGUGUCCACUCAGACUGGUGGACACCUGGGGCCGGCGACGGCCAGCGUGCAGGGCAGCGCAGGCUGCACCGUGCCUGAGACCUGGGCAUGGACGUUUGUGCUGGUGGAAGAGACCAGCCAGUCGCCCAUCCUGGCGUUUCUGAACACAGUGGCCUCCUGGAGCAAUGGCCAACUCACGUUGAGCACCAACGACUUUCCAGGUGGCUUCCUGAUUCCAGGCCGGAGAUAUGCUUAUGCCGUGCUGCAAGCUUCCAGCCAGGAGGAGAUGGCUGCUUUGGAGAGUGGAAACCUGGAAAGCUUGAUACAGGCAGAGGCCCAAGGCGCCAAGACGGUGAAGAGUGACAUGUUCCUUGCAGAUGGCCCGCCCUCGGGUGGCCUGGUCACGGUGUCGCCGGUGGCGGGCUAUGCGGUGACGGACGCCUUCUCCGGCACCACCUUCGCGUGGUACGAUGAGCAGGUGGAGAGCCUUACCUAUGCCUUCUACCUCCUUCCAUUCACUCAGAAUACCACCAUGACUUCUGACGGGAAUGGAGGCAUCCUGUUGGGCGCCACCUUUGAAACGCCCACGGUGGAUUGGACCAACGUCACCAGCCCCUUCUACUGGUCAGCGCUGGGUGGCUCCUUCCUGCAGAAUGUCUCUGACCCGCAGGCGGCGCAGUGGGAUGUCUCCGUCGCAGUGGGCGCCUAUGUCAUGGCCGUCGUGGCGCGAGAUCAUCUAGGAGCGGUCAGUGUCUCCUAUGCUCCGGGGCCCUUGGUAGAAGCGCCUCCUGGCGGUGUGAGCCCGGAUCUGGCGUUGGCCUCGCUGGACACGGCCAUGAGCAGUGGCGACGAGAGCGUGAUCUUGGGGGCUUUGGACUCCCUCUCCUCCGUGGCGAUAGCCAGCAACGACACGGCCGAGCUCGCUGCGGCCACAGAGAAGAAAAUGGAGGCCCUGGACUCCGCAGCGAACGUGGUGGGCGCCUCCUCAGACAGCCUCAGCAAGUUCGGCGAAGUGGCCGCCAACAUGCUGUCCAGCGAGGGCAGCGGCGGCUCCGCCGCCUCGCCGGCGGUGGCCGAGCGGGCGGCGGGCGCGCUGGAUACAGUGCUGACGGCCGCUUUGGAUUCGCAAGGUGUCGACCCAGCCGCCGGGACCUCGCUGCUCAAAGCGACCAGCUCGGUGGGCAACAGCUUUGCCGACGGCGGCAGCGAUUCCAACGUGGCCAAGGGCGCUCGCGUGAGCAAAUUGCGGGUGCUGUUCUCGAAGCUGGGCAGCGCGCUGCUGCAGCAGCUGCCCGCGGGCGCGACCUCACAAAUCUCCACAGUGGAGGGUGGCAAGGGCACAGAGAUCGGGGUGGUCAAGGAGAAUGCGAAUGCGGCCAUUGCAUCUGGGGUGAGUUCGAAGAACUCCCAGGUUCCCGGCUCGGUAUUGGGCCGACGACUGCAAGAGAAUGCGUGUGACUCCGUGGCCGUGCAGAACACCAACUUUGUGGCCAGUAAUCCCUUCAACUAUCUGGACAACAGCUUGGGGAGCAACCAAUUUGUGGCCAGCAGCGCCACGGUCAGCACCCUGGAGAUCAAGAAGUGCAAUGAUUUGUUGGUGCGAUCUGACCUGGAUCCCCCCAUCGUGCUGAAUCUUCAGCUGAAUGCUCAGCCGGAGAAUCCGCCGGAGGGCUACAUCUAUGAGCCCAUGUGCGUAAGGCUGGAUGAGCAGAACACGGCACUGCAGCUUCAGACCUGGACCACGGACGGCGUGAGCCGCCUGCUGCCGGCGACCUACAAUGCCGCUUCGAUGGAGUGCUGGGCGUCGACCGGAGGCGGCAGCUAUGCAGCGGUCUAUGUGCUGGUGCCACUCUACAGUACGGUGACAAGCACCACGGUGACCUCUACGCGUAUGAUGGCGACCACCCUCCCAGUUGCAGCCCCGGCCCCUGCGGCUGAUGGCGGCAUUGUGCUUGGCACAGCGCUCGCAGGGCUGGCCAUGGCCAUCGUGUGCGUGUGCAUCGGGUGGCAGGCCUACGUGGGCAAUGUGAGCCUCAAGCCACAGGUGUCCUGCCAACGUGUCAAGGAUGCUAUGGAGGCACUCAAGAAGAAGCCGGCCAAGGUUGGCUUGGAGCCGGAGCACCCAGAGCCCCGCAAGGACGGCGCAGCCUGGGAGGAGGGGCCCAAGGUACCACCGCAGCCAAAGGUGCCGGAGGUGCGGACGAAGCGUGAUGCGGAAGAGCAUUUUUGGGACUGGGCCAAUGAGCUCGCCAAGUCCACUCUGCAGCAGCACGCAGCGAAGAUUGCCGGACAGCCCUUCAGCCUUGGGCAAACCAAGGCCUCCACGCCCACCAUCCCCCACCGGUACAGCUGGCCGAAGCCCACGGUGGAGAAGGAUGAGUACUUUCAGGCCUUUGCCGAAGAGUUGCGCGAGUCCAUCCGCUCUGGCUUGCCCGGCAUGAUCGCCGAGCUCCCCGAGGGCCAGACGGCGCCGCCGCCCCCGCCUCCCCCGAAGCGCACGUCGCUGCAGACGGCGCCGGGCGGCCUGGCGCUCAUGGCGCCCCAGCCGCCGCCGCCCAAGCGGCCGACGCCGGAGACGGCCUCGGUCAUCUCGCUCCCGCCGCGCAUGGAGAAUGCCGAGCGCAUUGACGUCCGAGUGGACCAGGCCUUCAACGAUUGGGCCCACGACUUUGCCUUGACGCCGGUCACCUUCUCGCCGAGCGCCACGGAGAAGGCGCCGCCGCCCCCGCCGCCGCGGCCGCCUCAGCGGCACCAGCUGCCGCCGCCACCGCCUCGGCCGCCCGGGCCCGCCGCCUCGGCAGCAUCGUCGCCGGCAGCGCAUGGGGCGAUCCAGAGCAAGGCCAGUCCGUCAUCACCUCCGCCGCCUCCGGGCUGGGAGGACUUUCAGCUGAGGAAUGCGGCCCUGGUCCCGGCCAAGGGCGGGCACUUGCCACUGCCGCCGGCGCCCCCGACGGUGGCGCGGCCCUUGGCAUUGUCGCCCCCAGCGCUAAAGGCUGGGCAGCUGUCCAUCGGUUUGCCCAAGCAUGUGCCACUGCAGCCGCCGCUUCCCAAAGGUGUGUCCAACCAAAGCACUUCGACCAUGAGAGGUACAUCGCCUCCUCCGAUCAAUUUGCCGGGCACCGUGCCAGGCGAGGAAGGUUCGCCCACCCCGCGGCAACCAAACCCUUAGUGCGGCAUGGCGACAUGCCCGUCGUGGGGUACUGGGCAAAAUCCCAAGGAGCUCACCCAAAGAGGACA